UGUUUGCAUCCAAUCAGAGGAAGAAUGAACAUUCCAGAGCUAACAGCCCGAGCCGCGAGCCUUGAAUGUCUUGUAAACACCCACUGUAUAUGAACAGUCACUGACAGAGGGGUGGAUAUGGACCUUCAUUGAACAGGAAACACUGGAUUAAAUCAUGGAGUCCUCGACCGGUCACCUCCUCUCUCCUGAGUCCACGGUCACGUCGCUGCUGUCCAACUCCGGGCACCUGAGGAGCAGCCUGCUGGCUCCUGAACACAACACCACCUUCAGAUACAGAGACAAGAACUACAACUCGGCCUCGGCGGCGUUGGAUGCCUACAUCUCAGACUUUGAGAGGAGUCAGAGCAGCCAGUGGCAGACUGGGCUGGUUCUGCCGCACAGUCUGCCCUCCACAGCGAUGGGGUUCAGAGCGAGCACGCUCAGAAACACAGAUGUUCUCAGGGAACAUUUGACCGACAGGGAGCUGGACUUCCUGAACCUCCCCGUCAGCUCCCUCCAUCACCGUGGCAACAGAGAUAGAGUCUCCAUGACUACAGACGAGCUGCUAUCUAUUCCUUAUGAUGGCUCAAUGCCUGUCACUCACACAUCCGCCUACCUCCAAGUUCCAGGACUCCUGUCACAGUCCAGAGCCCCCGAGCCCAGAGCAGCACACAGAAACUGGGACAGACUCAGCAGCAGCCACCCUACCCCUCAAAUGAAGCACCACCACCCCCACCCAACCAGGAGCUCCAGGUGCAGAGACAGAUCAGGGGCGGCCAUGUUGAAUGCAGACGUUGACCUGGCCCCGGCCUCCCCCCACAGGCAGAGGGCAAACAGACCAGACCCCUCUGUGUGUCUGCACCUCCCUCGCUGGUUCACCUCGAACAACAACAUGGACUGUUCUGGGAUCAGCAGUGUGCCGGAACAGAAGUACCCAGCCUGGAUCCAGCGCUAUGAUGUCAGCGAGCGACCCCCACCCUCAGAGUCAGAGCUGUGGAAUGAGCAAGAUCCCAGAGGUGGAGCUCCUUCCUGGGUAGCAGAGCUGGACCAUGAGGAUCAAGACCGGACCCCUACACAGGUUGACAGUCAGCAGACUCUGAGAGACCUGAGGCUUCAGUUUGCUGAACACAUCUCUCUCCUCGCUGCAGAAAACAACAGCGCGGCUAUCAUGGAAACUGUGUUCAGAGACAACAGGCUGGAGUCUCUGAUCCAGAAGGCGGAUCAGGUGCUGAGCAAUCUGACUUAUGCAGGUCAAGCAGUAAGUGGAGCUGAUGGUGCUGAUGGAGCGGUCAGUCCAGAGAACCCCGAGGAGCUGCGCUCUCCUUCCUCUCACUGUUGCCCACCCAAAAGCUGCAGGGACUCCGUGACAGCGGGGGGCGUCACAGAGGCUCCGACUGACAGAGGGGCUCAGGGGCCGUGCUCUGGACUCCAUGGAACCAGCAUGUUUAAGCAGCCAGGUCCAGUGGAGGCUCUGAAGCAGAUGCUGUUCAGACUGCAGGCGGUGGAGGCGGAGCUUCAGAGACAACCACAGGCUUCAGCUGCUCCAACCCCUGCUGACAGGCCGCACACUCAGGAGGCUCCACUGAAUCAGGUAUCAACACAGCUUCAAAUGCUAAUGAGGUCUGAAGCUGAAGCAGAUCUGGAGACUUUUCCUGGUGGACCUUCACUCCAGAGAGCGAUGCACCACCUGAGCCGUCUGAAGGAGCUGGUGGAGGAACCCAGAGAGAAACAGGGAGAGGAAAGAGGAAUGAAGGAUGAAGACGAAGGGCGUUACUCCUCUUCCUCUGCUGACGGACUAUCCUGCACCCAGCAGAAACCCUCCUGAAGCUGGAGUCCUCUUCCAGAGCGAGGGCCUUCAAGUAGUGUGGCCCUCAGGCAUUGUCUCUGUCCUCUGGAGGCUGUUGGCUGUCACCUCCAACAGCAACAGAAAAUAACGUCUGUUCUGCAGUUGUGUGUUGGAUAAAAAUGUGCAAUCAUCUAAAAAGACAAUCUGUACGGAGACUAAAAAACAUUCAUUUAAAAUGUGUGUUGAAGUUGUUUAAAGUGUUACAAAAAAGCUGUUACACCUUUGGAAACAGCUAACAGUUGUGGUAGUUUGAAACGUGAGAAAGGACACAGACUCAAACAUGAUAGACCAAAUAUAAUGUUUGGAAGUCCUCUGACAUUUGGCCGUGGAUACAGGAAAGGUUCCAAUAGCUCUGAUACAAUAAAAGGGAUAUCAGAUGGCACAGCUGCUGAUGGUGGACUGUUUCACUUUUGAUGGAGCUAGACCUCCGUUUCCAGCUUUUAUGCUGGUUCUGCAGCGUCUCAAUAAAGAGGAUCCCUCUCUGAAGGAAGGAAGGACCAAACAGUUGUGCUAAAAGUGUCAUAAAAAAACAAUAUGAAUAAAGGACAUAAUGUCCCUCUGUUACUGUG